CAGACGCUAAUCCGAUGAAAGCUUCCUUUUUCCAGGCGGGAGGGGAGGGACGACUUUGUGGUUGGUUGGGGGGGGGGAAGAAAGUCAGACCAAGGCGGGAGCGUCUCGAGCUACGUCGGCGCGUCUCUUCCUCUUGAGCCUUUUGUGCGUGAAAGUCUCACAUGUGACGUAUCAAUAAUUGAGAGGGGCGAGAAGCCGAGCAGACGGAACCACGGACACCCCCCCCCAACCUGCAGCCCCCCCUAAUCUGCGCGCUAUGAGUACACAACAGGGCCCGACAGCACCGAAACACAGUCUAGUCGACCGUGCCAACAAGUCACCGAAAAGCUGCUAAAAGUGUGAAUCGGACCGUUAAAGUUGCUUCGGAAGGAAACGGAAACGACGAGGCGGAAGCUCAAAUCAAAGCAGGAGUGUGAGCGCAACUCUCCUCACUUACUUUCUCAAAGUGGAGCACAACCACCUCUGAAGGCGUCGAGUACAAGUCCCGAGUCCUCGGUUCCGGUCCGGUAUGUUGGCGCUUUGCCUGCUGAGUGCCGUGUGGCUGGCGGCGAGCCCCGGCCGCGCUCAGAACGAGACGGAACCCAUCGUCCUGGAGGGCAAGUGCCUGGUGGUGUGCGACUCCAACCCGACCUCGGACCCGACCGGCACGGCUCUGGGCAUCUCGGUGCGGUCGGGGAGCGCCAAAGUGGCUUUCUCGGCCGUCCGGAACACCAACCACGAACCGUCCGAGAUGAGCAACCGGACCAUGGUCAUCUACUUCGAUCGGGUUCUUGUGAAUGUUGGGAGGAAUUUCGACGAGGAGAGAAGUAACUUCAUCGCCCCACGAAAAGGGAUUUACAGUUUUAACUUCCACGUAGUCAAAGUCUACAACCGCCAAACGAUACAGGUGAGCCUGAUGCACAACGGCUGGCCGGUGAUUUCGGCCUUCGCCGGCGACCAGGAUGUGACCCGCGAGGCAGCCAGCAAUGGGGUUCUGAUCCAAAUGGAGAAAGGAGACCGGGCCUACCUCAAACUGGAGAGAGGAAAUUUGAUGGGAGGAUGGAAAUACUCCACCUUCUCAGGCUUCCUGGUGUUCCCCAUGUAGAGGAAGACGAGCGGGGGAUGGAAACGGAGACGGUUGUCAGUGGGAAGUACAAUGAUGAGAGGAAACGACGGAGGGAAAAGGAGAAUAACGCAGACGACGGACUUCUGUGUAGGAUGCUUCUGGAGGUGGAGUCGAGAAGGUGGGAGAUGUUACAUUCAAAGUGUGGCCGUCUUCUUCACUUCCUUUCAUUCUUCCAUCCAUGCAUCCAUCCAUCCAUCUAGUCCAUCCAUUGUGGCUCAAUGCAGCUUCGGACAGGCCAAACCUUUUUUAUUCUCUGCUCCAUCACAUCCAUGGAACAUGUCGGUGCAACGCCUUCCCUCUCCCAGCUUCAUUCCAUUCACAGCUUUGAGGAAUGUUACACUUCUCAUUUUGCUGGAGAAGUUAAGAAGUCCAGAUUUUGGAUCAGCCAAAGCCGAACAAGGGUAACGCCGCACAUUUCUUUUGUUCCUCAUUGCACUUUUGUUCCUCUUGAUUUCCCACAAUUUGCUCCCCAAAAGGCUCCAAAACCAGCAUGGUGGCGUUUGACCCAACAGUAAGAACCGGUCCAAAUGCAAAGCUUAGCAGGAGAUGUCCGUCCAUCAACGCAAAUAACCAGAAAGGCGCUACGACAAGUUUCCAAAUUGCAAAGAUCAUGGAAGAAAGUGUCAGUUUCCUUUUCCUCUGAGAUGUUUUGGGACGCCUUCACCUUCACCUGACGUGUUCAUGUCCUCCAUCUUUCCUCCAUGAGUGGUCCAUCUCAUCUCACCCUUCCACCUGUACCUGCCGCUGUACUCCUUGGCCUCCCGGCACGGACUAGUCCUUGCUUUACUUCAGUGUUGGACUCUGGACUUUGGAACACUCCAUAAAUGAUAUUAAUAUAGAAGAUCCAAGCCACAGUUUCUACUCUAUAUGACGAUGAUGACGAUGAUGAUGCUAAAUAUACCAAUACUUUCAACUCAAUCUGGCUGAUGACUAUAAUGUCUGUAUAUUCUGUAUUUCAGUGUUAUAUGAAAGAAAAAAAAUAUCCUAAAGGAAUCUUCUAGUGACUUUGUGUGGAAAAAUUAGGCUGCCGUUCUGCUCUGAUCAAAAAAGAAAUAAAAAGACGCUUCGUGUUUUUGUUGAGUUGGAACCAAGAUGUUGCUGAAGAGCUCAGGCCUAGACCUCCAGGUGGUCCUCGGUUUACCACGUUCCGUGCUAACCAAGCGCAUCGUUAACCUUUGAACUUUGAUACAUUUCCCGAGCGACGGCGCGACAAAGAAAAGGAGAGCCAUCAUCGUCGUGGAGGUGGAAAUGAGGAGGGCAUGCCCAGCAAUGUCGCUCACUCUUUUGCUCGUUUGCUUCAAACUGUAGGGGUCAUGGAUUCUGUGCGCUGUUACAAGGAGAUCAUUUUUUUGAAGGUCAUUUUUUUGUUUUUUUGUGUCCUGUCCAGCCAUUGGAGCAGAUCGUAUUGUUGAUCUACUACAUGCUAAACAGAUUAGCUCUGUCAGGAACGGUGCAAGCUACAACAUCCCUGUACUAUCACAUUUUAUUCGCCGUUAUGAUGUUUUUGUUAUGCUAAUUAGUUUCUUCAUUUGAUGUGUCCUUUAUGUCUUCUGUGUACAGACGAUGACGUCUGAGUUCAUUGAGGUAUAAAUUCAUAUCAUGGGACUUGCACCACAGUCCGGGAACUCAACUCUUUGGUAACCCGAGGACCACCUGUACGCGAUCUAGAAUAUAAACAGAGCAAUUCAUAUUAGUAUUAUUCAUUUCUUUCCUGUAAAUCAUAUGUGAAUAUUUAGACUAUCAAAAAUGUAUCUGAUUUAUUCAUGAGAUUGAUUUAUCUCCUGUUUUUAUUUGCUCCAAUAAAAUUUAAAUGUACUUUUA